AUGUUCUCCAACAGAAAGAAGCAAGAAAGUGAGGCAAAUGAUGAUGAUGAAGUGGUACUUGAUGCAUCCAUGGAUGAUGAAUUCAAAAAGGAAACCGGACCUAGGCAAUUCUCAUAUGCUGAAUUGGCUCAUGCGACUAAUAACUUUGAUGAAGAAGGAAAGCUUGGAGAGGGAGGAUUUGGAGGGGUUUACAGAGGCUUCUUGAGGGAUCUCAAAAAGGAUGUUGCUGUGAAAAGGAUCUCUAAAGGGUCUAAACAAGGGAUAAAGGAGUAUGUGUCCGAGGUGAAGAUCACUAGUCGAUUGCGACAUAAGAACCUUGUGAGACUUGUUGGUUGGUGCCACCAACGGAAAGAGCUACUUCUUGUCUAUGAGUUCAUCAUGCCUAAUGGGAAUCUUGAUUCUCAUCUAUUUGGAAAUAGAUCAGCUGGGCCCAUGACAUGGGAGUUGAGGUACAAGAUAGCUCUUGACUUGGGCUAUGCAUUGCUCUAUUUGCAUGAAGAGUGGAAGCAAUGCAUCAUCCACAGGGAUGUUAAAUCCAGCAAUGUAAUUCUAGAUUCCAACUUCAAUGCUAAACUUGGGGAUUUUGGCUUGGCUAGGCUUGUGGAACAUGGGAAAGGGUCUGAAACAACUGUGUUAGCUGGUACCUUGGGAUACAUGGCACCUGAAUGUGCUAUCACUGGGAAGGCUAGCAAAGAAUCUGAUGUCUAUAGCUUUGGAGUGGUUGCUUUAGAAAUUGCUUGUAGGAGUAAGCCUAUGGAGAUGAACUAUAGUGAUCCUGAUUCUGAUCUAUGUAAGGUAAGAUUGGUAGAAGAAUGGGUUUGGGAGCUCUAUGGAAGAGGAAAACUUCUUGAGGCAGCUGACCCAAGUCAAGGUGUGGAUUUUAGAGAGCAACAGAUAGAGCGGUUAUUAGUUGUUGGGUUAUGGUGCGCUCACCCUGACUACAACCUCCGACCUUCAAUAAGUCAAGCCAUGCAAGUUCUCAACUUCGAUCCUGCAUUGCCUGUUCUCCCACCUAAGAUGCCUUUGCCUACGUAUUUCUCCUCUCCAUCGGAUAUGUCUACAUUUGCGAUUACGUCCUCAUCCAAUGGUACUACUACACAUACUCAACCUUACAGCCGCAUAUUACCCUGUCAACCUUGUGGCGUACAAGGAGUUGAUAAUAAAGUUGCAUUGACUUGCUUUCUUAGUCUUAAAUAA